AUGUUCCACACCUUUGAAGGAUUCGAAAACCCGAACAACUCGGCCCCAGCCCGGGGUCGUGGUGAGCGCCAGCCCUCUGUCGGCCGGCGUGUCACUACCCUCCGUGCCUGUACGUCCUGCAGGCAUCGCAAGAUCAAAUGUGACGGUGAAAAGCCGUGCGAAGCAUGUCGGUGGUAUAAGAAAGCCGACCAGUGCCAUUAUGCAGAUCCCCGGCCCUCCCGGAGACAUGUAGAAAAACUCUCCACCACCCUGGACGAGUAUCGGGGCGUACUCGAGAAACUCUUCCCCAAUAUCCCACCCGAAAAUCUAGUUAGCUUGCCUCGCGAAAAGCUCUUAGAGCUGACAGGCAAAUCAUCCCAGCUGCAGACGCAGCCGCCACACCCAGCGUCGCCAGCUACCUCGGCAUCAGUCGAAGCCCAUGUCUCCCCCAUCUCCAACGAAGAUGGCAACCUGGAAUCUUUGCAGACGAUGCCUGAAGAAUCGAGCGAUCUUCAGAACUCGGAGAUAUCCAAUAAUUAUUCGGACGACGUCAAUGCCUUGUCACUCUCAUCCAGACAGCCUUCCUCUUAUCUCGGGGUGUCGUCUAUCAAUGCUGUUCUCAAAGUGAUUCUCUGCCUUGACCCUGGCGCCCUCUCUUACUUCUCUCAUUCUUCGACCAACACAGACUCCAGGGAUUCAACCCUGGGAUACUCUCCAGCAGAGGCCCAAUCAUGGCCGGUCCAAGAGUCUCAGCAACCAAUAACGCCCCCUCAACGACAUCGACCAGUGACAGAGAUGCAGUUGCUCGACGCCUAUUUUACUUAUUUUCAGCCAUUCGUGCCCAUGUUAGAUGAGCAGGUUUUCCGCGAUAUCUAUCACUCGGGGUGUAGAAAGGAUGAACGUUGGCUGGCACUGCUAAACAUCGUGCUUGCCUUGGGUAGCAUCGCGGCGUGUCCAUCCGAUGACAUGACCCACACCAUUUACGCCCAGCGCAGUAAGAGCUACUUGAAUCUAGAAUCGCUUGGUUCCUCACAUAUAGAGACCAUACAGGCUCUCGGUCUUUUAGGAGGGCAGUAUCUUCAUUACGUCAGUCAACCCAAUCUGGCAUACUCGCUCAUGGGAGCUGCGUUGCGCAUGGCUGCAGCUUUGGGCCUACACAAAGAGUUUUCGGAUAACCAGGAAGGGUCUUGUAAACAAAACAUAUACUCGACCGACCUGAAACGGCGAGUGUGGUGGUCCUUGUUUUGCUUGGACACUUGGGGCUGUAUGACUCUGGGACGACCGAGCAUGGGGCGGUUUGGACCAACGAUCACCGUCAAACUGCCGCAGUACCGAGAAAGGGGAAAUGUUCUCGACAUUAUACCGCUCCUAGAAAACGUUCGGUUCUGCAAAAUUGCGACCCAGAUCCAAGAAAUCCUGGCUGCCGCUCCGUUGACGAGGUACCAUGAAAUGUCACACUUUGAUAAUCAACUACUAGAGUGGUAUGAGAACCUUCCGUAUAUACUCAAAGACCACGAGCCAUGCUCCGAAUCGAUUAUCAUCACGAGGACAGUCAUGAAAUGGCGGUACUACAACCAACGUAUGCUUAUAUACCGUCCAACCCUACUCAGCUACGCCAUGCGACGGGUUCCAUAUAUUGCCCUCCGGUCCGAAGAGCGGACAGCGAUCGAAAGGUGUCGACAGAUCGCGGAGGCUACAAUUCAAGACAUUUCUUCCACAGCUCAGUCACAUCAAAUGUCUGGCUGGAGUGCUGUCUGGCUCAUAUUCCAGGCAGUUAUGGUUCCACUACUGGGGUUAUUUCUCAAUGACAACACAACGAGUGAUCCUAGAGCCACUGUUUCGAGUUGCCAAUCUCAGGUUGAGAUGGCUAUGCUUGUACUAGCCCGACUGGAACAAUGGAGCCCGACUGCCAAAAGGACGUUGGAUGCCGUAUCGCAGAUACUGGAGGCCAGUAAAAGAGGGACCAACAUGGCUAAUGAGACAGGCAUCGUCAAUAGCAUGUAUACCUUCUCACGCGAAGGGGCACUACCUCGAGCCACUUCGGGGAUGCUUCCACCCCAAAACCUUUUCCUCCAGAAUGAAGCAGGCUUCGACCCGUUUGCGCCUCCAGUCAUCGAUGAUUCGACGGCCCAGUAUCUGUGGGACUUCCUGAGCUGGAGUGACAGCAGUCUAUGGCCUGGAAUAACAGACACCAACAGCUUCAACGACGAAACGCUGUUCGCUCAAACGGACAAAACCAUGAAAUAUACCAACAAUGGCGCAGCCUUUAUGGGGGGCUCUAUGGGCGAUGGUGCCUACUAUGCAAAUCCACCUUUACCCUACUACUAA